CUCUUAAAUAAAUAUUCACAUACCGAUUAUGAUCCAAUUAUUGAUGAUCCAAUUAAUGCGGGACCAGCCAAAAAAGUUUCACGAACAGGGGCGACUAUGAAUAACCCGAUCGAUGAAUCAAAUUGCUAUUAUCCGCCAAAAGAGACUCCGUCAUGCAAAAUGUAUAUUUCGUCGGCACUAACUUGGCGAACUCAUGCGAUUACUCGGCUAGGAUUUCCGAUACGCACUGAACGCGAGAGAUAUACCUUUAACGACAUUCCGUUGCGACUUUCCAUAACUCGCGCUACCUAUAUAGCUACGUAGAGACGACCGUGUUUGUUUGCAAUCAAGUUCGGCGCCCUCGAAAGCUCGAGUGUAAACGUUACAGUGAACGACUGACAGUCAUGUAACAACAACGCGUUUUCUCGCUGCUGCUCGAUAAACUAUUUACAGAUUACCAUCGGCGAAACUACUGCGACACAGGAUUCGGAUGGCAAAGCGGCUCGUGAUCCGUCGUAAAACAGCGAUACAUCGAAAAAGCAUCUACGCUGAACUCUCAACACGAAGACGAUAAAGCCGAUCUAAUUCUCUCUGCAAAACACGAUUAAAGAUAAUUUACAGAGCAAAAUAUAUAGAUUGAGUACAACGAGGGAUCGACGUUAUGAUACCCAGAUUCAUUCGAGGAAGUUCUGACUUUGAAAGACAACGCGAACGCGAAUCGACGAGUCGAUAUCUGAUAACAAAGUUGUUAAAUUUGAGGAGCGCGAAGAUACGACCAAAAUUAAAACAAGCAGAAGAAAAAGAUAAACAGAGACGGACGAAGAGCUUGCGAGAAAAUGGUAACGUGAAAAGGCAGCGAGAUUGAAGGGCAGUGCAAAACCGGGACGAAGUGGUAGAGAAUCGCGGAACUGAACGAUGGAAAUGAGCUCGACGACGACGGUCGCUUCCGGUUAUUACAAUGUUGACGAGCUUGCGCAGAACUCCAGCAACGUUAGUAACGUUGGACCGCUCGAGUGCAAUCAGGAGAACACCAACGGCUUGUCUGAUUUCAUCGUUUACGGCAUAUUCAUCAACCUGAUCGGUCUCUUCGGGAUCUUCGGCAACGCAAUCUCGAUGAUUAUCCUGUCGCGGCCGCAAAUGAAAUCGUCUAUCAAUUAUCUACUGAUUGGACUGGCCAGGUGCGACACGGUGCUGAUUAUCAUCGCGGUAUUGAUUUACGGAUUGCCGGCGAUUACCACGUACACCGACCUACUAUUCGAUUAUAAAUUUAUUAUCUAUCCAAAGAUCAUCAGAUACCUGUAUCCGUUAGCUUGCAUAGCGCAAUUUGUAACUGUGUACCUGACGUUAAUAGUGACAUUAGAAAGGUACAUCGCAGUCUGCCAUCCACUGAGAGCCAGAUCUUUCUGCACUUAUGGACGGGCACAAGUGGCAGUCGUGGUCAUAGUAAUCUUCGCCUUUAUUUACAAUAUACCCAAAUUCUGGGAAAUCACAGUGUACAACGAGAUACAUUGGAAGUAUAAUAUCACAGUGUACUGCAUCUUCCCGACCGAACUGAGAAGCAAUGAGUAUUAUGUUACCUUGUACAUCCAUUGGAUGUACUUCUUCGUGUACUACAUGCUCCCGUUUAUCGCGCUAGUGAUUUUUAACAUGGCCAUUUAUCAACGGGUGAGUAACGUCAGAAAAGCAAACAGAGACUUGCAACAGCUGUCACGUCACCAACGUAGCGAGAUCGGCCUGGCGACAAUGCUCCUGUGCGUGGUAGUGGUGUUUUUGAUCUGCAACAUUUUACCCCUAAUCUCGAACGCGCACGAAACGUUUAUCGCGGAUCCGCCACAUUGGAUGGUGCAAUUUGGCAACUUGCUAGUGACCAUCAACAGCAGCAUCAACUUCAUCAUCUAUGUGAUCUUCGGGCGGAAAUUCAAGAAGAUAUUCCUUAAACUUUUCUGUUCGUCUAGGCUGUUCGUACCUGGACGGGACAGUCCAGAGUUUCAGACGUACGACGAGUCGGUCAUCACCAAUACGACGAACAUCGAGCUGAGAAACUCGGUCAGGCAUGGUCAUCUCAAUCGCGCCAACACUAUCAGCUGGAACAACAACAUACAUGUGUCCAAUGGCAGCACCAGACAAAGCCUCAAGAGCGGUAGACCGGCUAGUCCAGGUUCCUGCGUCUAUUAUCCCAGGACUCCAGCGAGAAGCCCUAGUCAAAUGUCGAGAACGUCGAACGGUCGAAACAGCUGGAACAAGAGGGAGAAUGACGAUUCUACGCUAUAAUAGACAUCAUUAUUUCUCGCGUUUAUUAUCCAGUUAGCUCAAUGUUUUAGUCAAAUUUCAAGAACUUUCACUGGUCAGAAGUAGUGAAAAGAAAAAGCAAAUGGUAAUUCUAAUGAACAAUAAAUAUGGAUAAACCAUAUUAAAAUUGGAAAGAUAUAAAGACAGCUUUUCACUAUCUUUUAUAUCUGUUGCUGAAAUGAACUCAGUUUAGUGUCUUAAUUUGUCGAGGAUUUUACUUAGUCAGAACUGAUGAAACAAAAAAAAUGACAGUACGGUGUUGUAAUCUAUCAUAUAUACAAUUGUUCGCCAUAUUUUCCGGUUUAUUAUUUAAUUAAUAAUUCAGUUACAAGUCCUAUUAAAAUAUCGAAGAAGUCAAAAAGAAUUAUAGCGAUAUAUAAAUAAUCAGUUUGCUACUCGAUAUUUUCUCUGCGUUAUUUAUUGUUAAGAUUAUCUAGUCAAAAUUUGCAGCAAGAAGAGAUCUGGAAAAAUGAAACAAUUGAUAGAUAAAUGAUGACUAUUUUUCUUCAAAAUAGACAACAAUUCGGUUAUUCUUUAUUUUAUUAUCCAAUCAGGAAUCUUAGGUGGAUAUUAAGAAAAUUUGCAAGCUAAAAAAGAUAGAAUAAAAAUAAUCCAUUUAUCAGCGAACAGUCAAUAUAUAUAAAAAUAUAUAUAUUCGUCUUAGCAGUUAGAUGGAACGUCCAAUUAUCAAAACGGAUGAAACGAUAAAAACGAGAUGGGAAUUCCGAGGUACGGUGGACAGUUGAUAUUAUUCCCUCGGGAACAGUGCGGACCAAUCCUCCUGCUCAUGUUCGAACGCUGUAAUCCCACAGGAUGGCACAACUUCGAUAUAAGAAAAAGGAUCGUUAAGAAUAACAGUCUUUUAUCGCGCGGGAGAGCUUAGAAAAAGGACUUCUUGCAAUGAUGACCUUUCAAGUAAUCUCGUAUAAGUUUCAUAUUGCUUAAGACGAUUUAAUCGAACGAAAGAAACUAAUACUGUAAGUCUUGACGCAGCGUUCUAAUAGUACUUUAAAAAGACAUUUGACUGAAUUACGCUAAAUAAUUAUACUCGGGCGUAAUGCUUCCGUUGUUCGCAAUCAUGAGUUUUUUUUUCCAUUAGAAGCAUGUAGCGCGACAUCAACCUUUAAUAGAUGAAACAAUAGAUUUCUCUACUUUGUGAUAAAAAAUUGGCAUUACAUAAUAAAUAUACAAAGCAAACAAUGAUAUCAAAAUUGAAUUUUUAAAAGGUAUGUUCUAAAUUUUACUUAAAUAGUAUAUUUUGUAAAUGGGAAAUGGUAUCUUGACAUCUGUAAAUAAGAUAGAUGUAACGAAAAACUUUCAAGAUCGAGAGUUUAACUUCAUUGGAAAUGUAUUAAACAAAAGAGAAGUUGAAAAGUAAUUCGCUAACACGGAUCGGCAAGGAAGUUUUGCGUUCUACCAACUUUCGGCGAGUUGAUCACAUACUUAGCUCUCCCGAGAAAAUAAAUCGGAUUUCGUCGAAGUCAAAAGUACAGAAGUCAAGAAUGCAACAUUCCCUUGGGACAUUUUUAUAGAAAGGCUGUAGAAAAUCCUGUGUGUCUCCUGCAUUUUCUCUUGAACUAUCGCUCUUCAAAAUUUGCAUACUGAUCAGCCUCAAAAGAUAUUAGCUGACAAAGGAGAGUUUCCAGUUUCUAUUAACAUAAGAUCAAUAAAAUAGCCACUGUGUUGACAUCACUUUAAAGAGGCUUCGAAAAUGUUUCUAGACAUGGUACAAAGACUAAAAAUACGUCACAAAUUUUAAAUCUUUCAAUUACAAUUUGAAGCUUGAUAUAAUUUAUAAAAGAUAUAUCUUUUUCUUAAAAACUUUUUAUAACAAUCGAUAAAUAUAUAAUAAAAGAUAAAUUCACAGAAUUUCCUAUAUUUUUCAAAAACUUCCAAUAUUUUUCUAAAUUUAUCUUCACGGAGUGGAAGAGCAACACGAUCAUAAUGUAAAUAUUUCCUUUUAUUUAGGAAUGCAAAUUUUUAAAAGAAACAGGAUAAGAAUGAAUGCACUAAAAUGCCAAAGAAAUAUAGGAAUACUAUACUAUUAUAGACAUUAUUAAAAAUAUAAAUGUUAGCUCUUCUAAGUUUCACAAACAUAAAAUGUAAUAUCCGCACUGAAAAAUUAACAUUCACCACACGCGAGCGGAAAUAAAUAUAUGUAUAUUGAAAAAAAAUAAGAAUUAUUACAAAAAUUAGAUGUUAAUAUAUAUAAGAAAAUUGUAAAUAUAUAUUUCUAUUUAUAAAUUAUCAAAUAAUAUCCAUAUGCCGACUUUACCUUUUCUCUCCUGCUGUAAAAAUUAUUCACUUAGCACUUAUAUCAAUGCUUUUUAUUCGAUAAGAGAUACCAAUAAUAUCAACUAGUAAAACAGAUUGUCCAAUUUGGCGUUUCUAUCUAAGUAAUCUAGUUCUUAAAUAAUUGUAAAAUAUAUUGAAAUUUAUCUUAACAAACACGAUUUCCUGAUAUAGACAUAUUAUUACUAAAAGAAGAGAGGAAGGAGAAAUUAGAUUUAAGUACAGAGGGAAACAAAACGCUCUCGUAGUUAUAUGACAAAAGAGAUUCACCAUUCUAGUCAUGGAAUUUCUAUCUAACUCGUCUAAAUAUAUAUACUCGUAUACUUAAUACAUACGUACAAUGAGACUGUAUAUAUUAUGUGAAUCUAUUGUCCUCCAAAUAUGCUGUUUAUCCCACCGCUGUUUUGACAUUCUUGUAAAUACAAUGUAGGAAUCAUCAAGUAACAAUGAAUAGCUGGGGAAAAAGCACUAAUUCGAUUCUAAAACUAAACGAGAUGAAAGAGAAAUUUGCACAACUAAAAUUAAUUCUACAAUGUUUCCUAAUUUCUGAAUAAAAAAUAUGAUUUUAAAUGUCUUCUCUCUCUCUUGUUAUUCUUUUUAUUUAAUAAUACCCAAUAAAUAAAAAUUUUUUAAAAAACUAAUCCAAAACUAAUACAGAAAUUAAAAUAAAUUAUUUAUGAAUUCCAAAUUCUUUCAUUGAAUAAAAUUAUAUAAUUAUUGAAUUAGGGCUUUAUACCAGCUAGCAUUUUUCCAUCACUGCUAAGGCAUAUCGGACAAAUUGUUUCCAUGUGUUAUCACUAGUAAUAUUUUUUAAUUUAAUGCAGCUAGACAUUAGUUUCGUCACUUAUGUAAAUUUACUUUUUCUCUACGACUCAAAUGUACUUUAAAUAAAUUUUAUUGUACAUAAAAUAAAUUCAAUCAA